UUGGUUGAGAGAUUUCAAAAGCGAGCUAUCCACGUGCCCAAGUGUGUGUGUGUGUGUGUGUGUCUGUGCAAACGUCUCUUGUGUGUCGUGAAGAGAUGAACAGGAAGCUGUUGCAGUCGUUCUCUCUGAGCGGAAGCCAUGGCUUCAUGUGGUGUCAGUGGCUCUAAUAACAGACAGAACAGGGUAUGGUCUGAAGAGAACGGGAGAGGAGAGGAGGUGAUGGACAGUGAAGGAGAUGCGGGAGAUUGUUCGCUGGAGGAGUUUUCCUCCAGCCCAGCCCCAGCCGAGGCCGAACAUGUGGAUUCGGAGGGCCUGUCGGUCCUGGAGCAGCUGGGACUGGACCAGAACUCAGAUUUCUCCGACUCCAGCGUGCAGCAGCGUCUGGACGAGCAGCGAGAGAGGAUCCGGAGGGAGAUCCGGAAGGAGCUGAAGAUCAAGGCCGGGGCGGAGAACCUGCGGCGGGCCACCACAGACAAACGCAACGCCCAGCAGGUGGAGAGCCAGUUACGCAGCUCCAGCCGCAAGCUGGACUCGCUCCACACUCAGCUGCAGGAGCUGGACGCCCACAUCGUGGUCAAGGGUCACGACGACAGCAAAGAUGACCUUCAGCCUGUCAGGACGCCGGGACGCUCCUCAGCCAAUCAGGACAGGAUUAAGGCUCUGGAGCGACAGCUCAACAUCGAACUGAAGGUCAAACAGGGAGCAGAGAACAUGAUCCCCAUCUACGCCAACGGGGUCACAAAGGAUAAGAAGCUGCUUCAGUCGGCUCAGCAGAUGCUGCAGGACAGUAAGACGAAGAUCGACAUCAUCCGGAUGCAGAUCCGGAAAGCUAUGCAGGCCACCGAACAGACAGACGACAUUCAGGGUAAGCCGGAUCUGUGCGGGGAGGAGCUCCGUAUCGAGGAACUCUGGCAUCAUUACCGUGUUGAACAUGCCAUGGAUGAGGGCGCCAAAAACAUGCUGAGGCUUCUGGGAGCUGGAAAAGCACAUGACAAGAAGGCCAUGGCCGAGGCUCAGUCUAGUAUCAGCGAAGCGUCCCAGCGCUUGGAUCUUCUGCGAAUGUCUUUAGAGCAGCGUUUGGUCAAUCUACCAGAAGAUCAUCCGAAAGUGUGUCUGAUCAAGGAGGAGUUAGUGCUGGCAUCGUCCUCGUCCUUCAGCUCCCGUCACAGCGCCCCCUAUGUUCAUAAUCAAUACAGCACACUCAGCAAACCCUCGCCGCUCACCGGGACGCUGCAGGUGCGUCUGCUGGGGUGUGUGGGCUUGUUGGAGAUCGUCCCGGGCCGCAGUCGCUCCUCUCCGCUGGUUUUGCCUCACUUCACUGCUGGAGACGGACGGCCCUUCAAACUCACUCUGAGCAGCAGAAACAGCAGCUUCAGCCUGAAGGCUCCCAGCAAGAGCGAAGAGCUGUCCUCGGAGGUGAGCGCUGUGUUGAAGCUGGAGAACUGUGUGGUGGGACAGACGUGCUGGAAGAGUGUUGGUGAACAGACCUGGGAUCAGACCUUCACACUGGAGCUGGAGAGAUCCAGAGAGAUGGAGAUCGCGGUGUACUGGAGGGACUAUCGCUCGCUCUGUGCGCUCAAGUACCUGAAGCUGGAGGACUUUCUGGACAAUCAGAGACACCGAAUACAGCUGGAGCUGGAACCUCAGGGACAGCUGCUCGCCGAGGUGAUGUUCUUCAACCCCGUGAUAGAGCGAGGUCCACGGCUACAGCGGCAGAGGAAGGUGUUUUCCAAGCAGCAGGGUAAAGCCUUCCUGCGCGCUAAACAGAUGAACGUGGACAUGGCGACCUGGGUCCGUCUGCUGAAGAACGCCAUUCCCAUGAGCUCCUCCACACACAGCGACACACACCACACACACCACAGCAGGUACUGUAACACACACACACACCACAGCAGGUACUGUAACACACACACACACACACACACCACAGCAGGUACUGUAACACACACACACCACACACACCACAGCAGUGAGAUCUCCAUCCAGAAGAUCCAGCUGGACGGCGACUCUCCUCCAUCCGUGACGAGGAAAGACACACAGACGUCAAACACGGUGGACAUUGUUCCAGUGUCUGAGCCGGUCUCUCCUCCUGAUCCCGCUCCUCCGGAGAAGGCUGUCAGGACCAGUUCCCAAAAUUCCAAGCGCAGGUCUUCCAAAAGCACUCUGUGUCUACAGGAUUUCCGAAUGAUUGCAGUGUUGGGCCGGGGACAUUUUGGCAAGGUGCUUCUGUCCGAAUACAAACGCUCAGGAAAGGUGUAUGCCAUCAAAGCACUGAAGAAAGGGGACAUUGUGGCUCGAGACGAGGUGGAGAGUUUGUUGUGUGAGAAGCGGAUCUUCGAGACGGUGAACAGCGCACAGCAUCCGUUCCUGGUCAAUCUGUUUGCAUGUUUCCAGACGCCAGAACACGUGUGUUUCGUCAUGGAGUACACGGCUGGCGGAGACCUGAUGAUGCACAUCCACGCUGACGUCUUCUCUGAAACACGCUCUGUGUUUUAUUCUGCAUGUGUGGUUUUGGGCCUUCAGUUUCUUCAUGAUAAUAAGAUUGUGUAUCGAGAUCUGAAGCUGGAUAACCUGCUGCUGGACACUGAAGGUUAUGUGAAGAUCGCAGACUUCGGUCUCUGUAAAGAGGGAAUGGGUCAUGAGGACAGAACCAGCACAUUUUGUGGGACUCCAGAGUUUCUGGCUCCUGAGGUUCUGACAGACACGUCCUACACCAGAGCCGUGGACUGGUGGGGUCUGGGCGUGCUCAUCUACGAGAUGCUGGUCGGAGAGUCGCCGUUCCCAGGUGAUGAUGAGGAGGAGGUGUUCGACAGCAUUGUGAAUGAUGAAGUACGUUACCCAAGAUUCCUCUCUAGCGAGGCCAUUGGCAUCAUGAGACGGCUGCUGAGGCGUAAUCCCGAGAGACGACUGGGCUCCAGUGAAAAAGACGCAGAGGACAUCAAGAAACAACCUUUCUUUAGAACUAUGGACUGGGAGGCACUUUUGCAGCGGCAGGUUCCUCCUCCUUUCGUUCCUGCAGUGAAGGGAAAAGAAGACGUCAGUAACUUUGACGCCGAGUUUACGAAUGAAGCCCCGACGCUGACGCCUCCUCGUGAGCGCCGGACCCUUUCACGCAAAGACCAGGACUACUUCAGGGACUUUGACUAUGUGUCUGACUUCUGCUAGGGCACGAGUGUGCACACUGACGCUGCUAGGUGUGGGAGAUGUGGACCAUUGAGACGACACAUCAGUCGUUCCUAGUCCACAUCUAGACUGCUUGGCGUUAGGACUGACGCUUCCUCAGAGGCUUCCUGUCAAUGAAACAUGGGUUUGUUCAACAUGAAAACCACAAUAAAGGGUUUGACAUCUCCUGACUGCCUAUAAGAGAGAUUGGAGCUUGAGGAAAUUACUCCAUCUGACUGAAGAAGGUGCAUCUAAGAUGAAGAGAUUCAAGAAUCCACAUAAUGUGAAGCUCUGAAAGCCGGAAGGCAAGAUGUUUUUUUGUCCUGUUUGCAACCUCGCAGGAUUUUUAUGUAGUCAGUCAGGUUCUUACAUAACAUUAUCUUUAGCACCAGAAGCUAAUGAAGUCAUGAAUCUUGUGUAUAGAGUGCUGCAGGGAUGACGUGUUUCUGUAAGUCAACGAGUUCGCCUUUCAGCACAUCCUGAUUCUUUAAAUGGGUUUUUGGGUUAAUUGUUUGAAAUAAGGUCUAUGUUUAACACAAGCUCAAGAUAUUUUAACAUUUUAUUCAACGACAUGAAAUGCAUCAAUAAUACUCCCCCGUGUUGAAAAAGUCUGUUGCUAACAAAUGGCUAAAUGGGACUUCAGAUGUGAUAAGAAGAUUGCUCUCUUGCUCACUAUUCUUAUCAAAACUUUCAGGGAAGAUGUUUUUAAAUAAUGUUAUAAAAUAAAGUUUACUGGGGUAAACUAUUGUUUACUAUACUAUUGUUUUUUACUUUAUUUGGAGGGAAUAAACAUGAUGCUAACUUAUGGGUUUUUCCAACAAAAAUUCAUCCCUGCAGCGCUCAAUGGGAGCUUGUUGACUAGCAGAGUCCAGUUUCAUGGUACUGACCCGAGUAAAAUGGCUCACCGAAUUCUCCCUUCUCCUGUUUUUCUGUCUCCAUUUUCUGUUUUGACCAAUGUAGACACAUCACACACAAUCCAGAGACUGUUUCUUGUGUAAUACACUCCUUUAACCACACGGGGUGGCAGAGAGUUUGACACACAACACCUUUACUACAGUAUGUUAUGAGCAUGUCCCAUGACCAAACACAGCAGCAACCUCCAGGUUUUUAUUUUUAGAUAUCUGGUUUUUCUUUCUCACUGAAUCCUGACUAAUUCUGGAAAUGCUAUGCCUGAAUAUUAUUAUAUUAAACAACUUGACUCUUU